CAGGCUAAAGGCACCCAUCUCCAAUUUUCAAAUCUCCCCAGGAAAUCCAGUGUCCAGAUUCCAGACUCCCAACCCAAUUUCUCUCCGAAUCUACAAAUCUGCAAAACCUAUCCCCACAAUCCCACAAAUCAAUCAACAGAUUUGCGUUUUUAAAUGUCUACCAAUCUACUCACCUUUAGACCAGUUGGAAUCCGCGUGUCGGCGGUUCCUGGACAUCCGGCGCAGGAUUCCAGCCGCCGGAAGAGCUCGUCCUCUGCCAACUGGUGGGCGCCUCUCUUUGGCGUGUCGCCGGAGCCCGACUAUAUUGACUCUGAGCCCCAAGAGGUUUCCAGGAAGAACCGAGAUGGCGAGGCGGAUCCAGAGCGGGAGCAGAAAUCGGCAGGGCCUAGAUUCGCCCCGGGUUGCUUCACGGAAGAGAAGGCGAGGCAGCUCCGGUUGUUGACUACGGAAACGUCGUCCUUCCACGACGCCAUGUAUCACUCCGCGAUCGCCUCCCGGCUCGCUUCUGAGUUCAAAUCUCGCCCGGAUCUAUGAGCCUCCGGCAUCAUAUUUUAUCUAUUUUUGUCAUUAUCUUUUUAUUUUGUUAUUAUAUUUUCCCUUGAACAAGUAAAGAUGAUAACGAUGUAUGCCGGUUUUUAGUUGAUUUUCCACAUGAUUAAGCAAUGUAAUUAUUGAUGUAUGUAAAAUCAUUUAAAUUUUUCCACCCGGAAGAUCACUGUAUUAAGGAAAUAUAAUUAUCAAAAUAAA